AUGGUUACCACAACGCGUGCCAUGAAGAGGUCUGCCUCUACCCUCCAAGGCGCCCCGGGAUUGGAUGUUGCUCUUCCCGAGAUGACUGUCUCCCUUCCUUAUGCCCACUACGCCAUAAUCUAUGUCGACAAUGAGGGGAGGCUCAAGACCUACGAAUCUGAGUCUAUCCAAGAACAAGACACUAGUGUUUUCAGCCCGAAAGUCUGCCAGAAUUUCCUUAAAAUUCUAGGAGAACGCAUCGGCUGCCACCAGCAUAUUGACCAGACACUCCCCCGUCGAUUGAGACGACGCACGAGCAAUACAUAUACCAUGUCUGGAAAGUGUUUGGCUGAGCAGGGCUUCGAUAGCGAUAACUUCGACGGUUCGGAUGAAAUGGUCCCUUUAAGAGUUGGAGAUACAGAAAAGGUUAUGGUUUACUAUGAAGAUACCCUCAAACGCCUCCUACAGUGCAAUUGCUGUGUGAUUCUUAAGGCAUUUAUAAGGUUCAUCGAACCGCGCAAGCAAGUCAAACACCCUUAUACCGGUCGGAAGCCACCGCCGGGGUCCGCUCCUGGCACUAGGUGCGACCCAGAAGAGACUAAGCCUGAGUGGUGGCCCUCGGAUGUUCAGCAUAAGGGGCCUGAUCGCAUGGUGAAAGCAGAACGCAUCGAACUGCUUCUUCACAUUCUUCGCAAGCUCGGUGGCUAUAGUAUUACUGCCGAUAACUUGGAGGAAAUCGUUAGAGAUUCCAAACGGGACUUGAAGGAACCACGCAUGGUCGAGAUCAUCUAUGAGCUCUUUCGGGUUCGAAAGAUGGAGGAACGGUUUGAGCGAGGUGAAGUCGAUGGUAAUAGGGUAGUCUACAUCAUGAACCCUAGCUCUAGCAUCAAGGAGGAUGACUCUACCAACGCAGCCUCAGUGGUUAUGGGAGUGCCUAAGCAUAAAGAGCUGGGACUGACGCUAGUAUCUGUCGAGCAAGGAUCUACUACCCUGCCCACAACGACCAAGGAUCUUGCUUCAGCAUCAGUCUCCGCUCUCCCAGGUAGUUCAUCCAUACCAAUGCCUCGCAACUUCGAAGUUGUCGACCGGCAGGACAACCGUGACUACAAAAUGCCGCCUGAAUAUACCAACUCAUUUUUCCAGCCUAUACCCAGCGCUCCUAUGAUAAGCGACACUCCGGUCUCCAUCCAGAACACUUUCUCAGGAUAUACCUCUGACUAUCAGCACACUAAAGCCCCAGGCCACUACGGCGGCGGGAUCGAUACAAACUCCUAUCAAAACACCGCUAGCCCAGAAGACCACGGCUCACUGGCAACCAAUCAAAGUACUACAAUGCACAGUCAAAUACUUAUCGGCUCUACAUGCUUUCACGAUAUGGACUACCACAACGCCACAUGCCAAGGGUCCCAGCUAUUUUCCCCAGUAUCAAUUGGACACUCCAAUGGGCUGCCACUCUACUACUACUAG